AAACAUUGGCGAAUUGAAACUCAUUCACCUUAAUAAUAAUUCGUUAAUUUGAAUGAAGAUUUCUUAUUGGUUGAUAAAGUCACGAAGUCCUGGCCUACAGUCCGACUGUGUCUGAAAAGGUAGCCCAGAGACCUCUUGGUUCAUUACAUUUUGAUAAAAGCAUAGCAUUUUUAAUUUAAGUAACRAAUUAAAUAUUCACUUCUUGGGCCGCUGAAUUAGGAAUACAAAGGCUUAUCUUGUCUAUGAUCAGAAGUAUCGGCUCUUUUUUGGUGUUGCAGGGCACAGUCGAUGCAGACUGGACGACAGCACACAAACAAGCCAAAUCAAUACUUUAUUCAGCCGUCCAUCCCCUGUAACCUAGAUUUUUCUAGGCGCACUGCGCUCUGUGCGGCUUCGUUUAUCAAACCAGAAAGAAAGAAAGAAAGAAAGAAAGAAAGAAAGAAAGAAAGAAAAAGUUUGGGCUUCCUGAGUAGGUUUAAUGACGUCAUGCUGUGUCAUCAUAAUAYCACGCAUGCGUAAYACUCCAGCAACACAAAGCAACAUGGCGGCCGACGGCGACCGAGARAUGAUUCUUGCCAACUUUCAGAGUAUCACAGGCAUCGAGAACUUGGAUGAAUGCAUAACGCUUUUGAAUCAUCAUGACUGGGAUUUGACGAACUGCGUCAACUCAGUGUUAGAUGGAGAUGUUGUUGAUUCGCCCGUCGUACGUCGCCCUACCCCUGAUGUUGAGGUGGUUGGUCAGUCUGUACCAUUAUACCACCCAAAGAGAAGAGUAACGUUUUUAAUAGAAUGGAAGGAUAAGACUCUGACAGUUGUUUUAGAUGAUACAGAAACUGUAGGAACCAUAAAAAGAAUGAUUGAACAUCAAACUAAUGUACCUGUAAAACAGCAAAGCCUAAUGGGAUGGGCACACAACACUCAGUUAACUGAUGAGACUGUGUUAAGAGACCUGAACUUAAGAGAAGAGACUCCGUUAGUUUUACUAACACCAAUUGUUACAGAAACCCCUAGAUAUAGCCAACCAUGCUCAUCGAAUUCAUCAAAGUAUAAUGGUGAUUCUAGCUCUUGCUCAUAUGGAGUUCCAAAUUCCAUUGAAAAAAUAAUGUUGAGUAUAAAAUACAAUGAAGAUGUGUUUAACCUACCGUUUCCAAUCUCGAAAACAAUAGGAGAGGUAAAAACUGAUAUCCAUGCAAUGACAAGUAUACCUUGUCGUAAUCAGUGCUGGUCAGGUUGGCCUAAUGGAACCAACGACAAUUCAACUUUACUAGACGCUAAGCUGUCAUUUCCUGUACAUAACCUUAUUCUAUCAAAGAAAGAUGAYGUAUUUGCUAAAGAGGGGUCCUCCACAGCAAUAGAUGUCCACAUGGAACUAGUAAAUGAUGAUGAUGAUGACGAGGAUGAUGAGAACAAUGUUCAUAUAAUAGAUGAUGAAGAUGAUGACAUGUUUUCUGAUAUACCAAGUAGACGGCAUUUUGCCGAAUUAUUACCUGCAGACAGUGUAGAUUCAUCAGAAAACCUUAUCAAGUUUGCUUCUAACUUUGAAGGAAGAUAUGGAGAUACCCAUCCACACUUCUACAUGGGACCACUAGCAGAAGCGAUUAAAGAAGCCAGUGGCAAAUCUGCUAAAGAGAGACGGCCUCUCCUCAUUUAUCUCCAUCAUGAUGGCAGCAUAUUAUCUAAUGUUUUUUGCGGGCAACUACUGUGUUCUGAAACCAUAGUAAAUUAUAUUAAUAGCAGCUUUGUGAUAUGGGGUUGGGAUGUGACACAUGAUACUAAUAAAGCAAGGCUUUUAGAUAUGGCAACACAACAUUUUGGUAGUAUUGCUGCGGGAACUGUACGAGGGUUUCCGGUCGAAAAAUACCCACUUCUGCUGGUGGUCAUGAAGAAUAGAUCGGCGUUAGAAGUCUGUUCUGUGCUACAAGGUCAUUUAUCGCUGGACGAAUUAAUGACUGGCAUGAUGAGCGCGCACGAGACAUUCCAACAAGCCAUGAUACAAGAAAUUAAGGACGAGGAAGAGCGUGAGCUCCGAGAGUUAAUGAGAAGAGAACAAGAUCAAGCAUACGAAGAAUCGCUAAAACAGGACAGACAAAAGGAAGAAGAGAAGAGAAAAAAACAAGAGGAAGAAAUGUUGGCGAAAAAACUCGUAGAAGAACAGGCGCUACAUGAAGCACAAUUAAAAGAGGCCCAAAGAUUAUCUUUGGUCGAUUUAUUAGCAGAUGAGCCUGGGCCCGACUGUACUGAACCCAUAUCUGACCUGCGGUUCUGGUUACCCAAUGGAGAGAGGUUACAAAGGCGAUUCCUUGCUUCUAGUUCGUUAAAGGCUGUCCUGACGUUCGUACAAACGAAAGGAUACCUCGAAAAUGAGUAUAAAAUCGUUACUAAUUUUCCAAGGAGAGAUCUCUACACCCUGGAUCGCUCCAGAACGUUACAAGACCAUGGAAUUUAUCCUCAAGAAAAAAUAAUUGUUGAAGAACGAUAAACGCUUGUAAUUAUAAUAUUGUAAUUAUAACUAAGAAAAAACCCUGAACUGGUUGAAAAAUAGGAUAAAAUGGAUCAAGCAAUUUUUAUUUAAUGUACCGACAGCGAAAAYAGAAGUAUGUUUUUCUGCGGGCGCAUGGUUAAAAUGAAAAGAGCAGCGCGCAAAGUUAGAUUGAGUUUAUGGGAAACUAAUCGUAGAUAAAACAGCCAAAAGAAAAACGUACUUUUGAAGAGCACAACUUGGUAGCGCGAAGAAUGGUUUAAAUGAAAGACGCAUCCUGAAGGUCGAGGUGCAUCUAGCAUAGUUGCGCGAAAUCUUGUAUCUUGUAUAGAUCUUUAAGUUCCAGCUCCUUGAGUGAGAAGAAAAAAAGCUCGGCCAUGAACGAAAAUAUUCAUCUCCAAGGUUGACAUAACAAAAAAAUGAAAAAACGAACCCAACAUCAAAAUAUUCUAAUCAUAGGCACCUGUUGUCUGCGAACAAUAAAAUACAUGCUAGAAAUUUUACAGAUAACAUUUCAAGAUAUCUACAUCAGCAGCGUUGUCGAUGGACGCACCGCGGCAAAACGUUGAAUACUACCUUCAUGUCUCGGUCGUAAUAAGGUGCGCACAUUUUACGCAAGUGUCAAAAACAAAGAAAGUUGAAUACUGCCUCCAUGUCUCUGUCUUAAAAAGGUGCGCACAUUUUACGCAAGUGUCAAAACCAAAGACAGUUUAAUACUGCCUCCAUGUCUCUGUCGUGAAAAGGUUCGCACAAGUGUCAAAACCAAAGACAGUGACUGCAAAACCCUAGGAUAUUUAACCAUUUUAUUUACCAAGUUCACUUUGCUCUUCUCUUCAACGAGGAUUAUUUUUUAACGUGUUUAAAGACUAUUUUGUUGUUAUUAUGCGAAUUAUUAAUAUAUUUUUGUCAAAUACAAAUAAUUUAAAAUAUAAUUUUGGUCUAUACCUUUGAAUGUUAAAAGACUUUCCUUGCUAAGUUGAUUCAAACGUUUACUUUAUGAGUCUCGAUAGAAGUUACCCCAUAUUUACAACAAUUUUCAUAAAUACGCGACAAAGACAACCCAAGAUUUCUUAGGGGUUUGACUUCCGUCAAUCGAAAUUCCAACGAUUUGAUUAAGUAUAAUUUCUUGAUUGAUGCAUGAGACCGUGGGUCGUGGGCUGUGUUGGUCGCGUGAUUAAGAGAAUGUCUAAAUAAAUAAUUGCAAUUUAACGUCGUAGUGUAAAUAGAGAUUCCUGAGAUGACUGAAAUAAAGGUACCUUUAUAGAUAUAA